CAGGAAUAGAUGGAUACUUGUGUCCACACUAAAACAGGUACUGGUGGAGUAUUGGAUUCUAGGGAAGGCUUUAUCUAUGUAUUUUGUACAAUUGUACUCUUCAGAUCUUCCAUGGGUACAAUACUCUUUCUCCUUCCCUUCUCUUCUCCUUCUCACUCAGAAUUUCCAUUAUGGCUUCUGAGGUGCCCAUCUCUUGUGCAGCAGAGGAGAAUGAAGAAGAAGCAGUACUGGUAAUCAAUGAUGGAGAAGCUGACGGCAACGUGAAGUUUCGGAUACGAAAUCUGACCAGAAUAUCAGACAGAACAGGAGGAGGAGCUAUCAUACUGAAUGAGCUGAGCGUGGACAUCCCAAAAGGAGUGAUCGUGGGAAUCAUAGGCCCAAGUGGCAGCGGCAAAUCCACUCUUCUCCGAGCACUCAACCGCCUCUGGGAGCCGCCGGCUGGAACUGUCUUCUUGGACGGCCAUGAUAUUAAGGUUCUCGAUGUUCUCACUCUCCGGAGGAAAGUCGGAAUGCUCUUCCAGCUUCCUGUUCUUUUUGAAGGAACUGUUGCAGACAACGUCCGUUAUGGUCCACAGUUGAGUGGGAAGAAGCUGACUGACCAGGACGUUCAUAAGCUACUGACCCUUGCAGGCCUUGAUUCAUCGUUUAUCAGUAAAACUGGUUCUGAACUAUCUGUAGGACAAGCCCAAAGAGUUGCACUUGCUAGGACCCUGGCCAAUUCACCUGAGGUUUUGCUGUUAGACGAGCCUACUAGUGCCUUGGAUCCAAUAUCAACAGAGCACAUAGAAGGUGUUUUAGAGAAGCUCAAGGAGAAACAGGGCAUGACAAUCAUAAUGGUCUCACACAGCAUCAAACAAAUCCAGAGGAUUGCUGAUGUUGUGUGCCUCCUUGUCAAUGGUGAGGUUGUUGAAGUUUUGAAAUCAGAUAAACUCUCAGAAGCCAAACACCCCAUGGCCUUAAGAUUUCUUGAACUCAGCUCUUAAUCGUCUCAUCUUUCUCUUCGAAAUCGAGUUUGCAUUAUCGUUCUGUAGGCGACUAUGAAGCAUUAUCUGAUAUGUGUACUAUAUAUACUGGUGAUCAAAGAGGUGAUCAUUCUUAUAAGAAGCUAAGAACUUGUUACAGGAACUGUCUAUACAUUACUCGGUCUUUUACUUGGUCA